UAUAUUGUGGCUUUAUUUUCAAGUAAAAUACAUAUUGACGCACACAAUUCAAAUGGUCGUAUAUUUCACGAUAAGUGCGCUUCAGCCGACGGAUAACCGGAACUUUGUGCAACACCUUUCAAACCCACGGAACUCUUAAGAGCGACGGACUUCCUGCUAGCGCUUAGUUGAAAUAAAGUAACGCCAGACUUCACACUAAGCGGUCAUGGCCGGCCUGUCCAGCUACGCCCUGCGCAUGGCCAGACUGAGUGCUCAGAUCUUUGGGGAGGUGGUGCGUCCGACGGACUCCAGAUCUAUGAAGGUUGUCCAGCUGUUCCAGGAGCCUCCCAUGGCCAAGAGGAAGGAGGUGUACGACUGGUACCCACAGCACAAGAUCUACUACUCCAUGACCCAGAAGCUCCGGUUCAUGGGACUGUUCAGAGACGAGCAUGAGGACUUCAAAGAGGAGAUGCGUCGCCUGAGGAAACUGCGAGGAAAAGGGAAACCAAAGAAAGGAGAGGGGAAGAGAGCCAGCAAGAAGAAAUGAGCUGCUUCUUUUUCUUUCUUUUUUAUGCAGACAGACAACAUUGGACUGUGUACACACUCUUUACUCUGCCAUCCUCAAGGAGGAACAGGAAGGACGGGUGUGUUAAACAUUUUAUUAAAUAUAUCAAUAAAGAUG